GUCCUCCCUACACUGUGUUCGCUGUGCUGUCACCUAUGAAAGGUAUGUGCCAAUGCUCCUUUUUCACUGCAAACAUGUUAUUUUAGCCAGCUGUUUUUAAAGUGCAACUGUUUGACAACAGGUAUUUGGCUGUGUACCAGACGCUUCCGGGUAGUGUUUUGUUGAUCUACCGAAGGUAUUUACAAGCACUACACCGUAGAUGAUUGAACUGUAUGGUCCUUUUGUAAAUGCCUUCACGCACAUUCACAGCAUUGUCUUUAACGUAGGUCUUGACUGAAAAGACGCCGUGUACGCGCAGGUUGCACUUUCUAUUGGGAGAUGCGUUAAGGUAACAUUGGCUGUAUAUCUCAGUAAGGUUUGCCAUGUAAUAUAUGUGUGUGUGCAUGUGUACAUAUGUAUGUUUAUAUGCAUGUUUACAGUAACUGGAUCUACUAUAAUGUGUCAUGUUUCGCUGUAAGUCCUUGUGAUUUAACUAGCCAAUAACCUUUUAUUAUGUUGUAUGUGAGCGAUGCUUGUGUGUGAUUUUAUGUAGGUUUGCGUACUGGAGAGAUACCAGGGAGUCCCAUUUCCAUUCAUGUUGAGUGCUGUAUUCCUAGAGGUAAAAGGAAACCGUGUUGUAUUGUAUCUGUAUUGGUUUAGGCUGUAUUUACCAUAAACAAUGGAUUUUAACUGUGUUUGUUUACUCCUUUAGAAAGAUUGCCACUGCUGCUUUGCCUCCUGUAGAUUUAAGUAAUUGUAGCUCUUGCCUCAUUUUGUUUUCUUUAUUUUGUUUUGUUUGUCCGAUUGAUUUGGCCUAAACAUAGGCGUGGCUGGUUUCAUUUAUUUGCCCUCCGUCGUGGUGUGUCGGCAACAGGUGUGGUAUUGGCUGCCCCAGUAUUUUGCUGCGGUAAUGUGUGAUGGUAGUAAUGCUAACAUCUAGCUUUCUUGACCCAGCCAGUUAUUGCCAAUAGCAACCAUAUCUUCCCUUCUCCCCUCCAGAGAAACAGAGUGUUGCAGCUGUUCCGCGGGGCAGGUCGCCGGAUCUGAGUCCUCCUCUUCGUGUACUUCACACAGUAUUUGUAGUGGUAACGUGCACCUCACUAUUUGCAGUGAUCACUCUUUGUAGUACCUGUGCCUAUGCGAGCGUGUGUGUGUGUCUGUGAAUAGGCAACAGAAUCCGCAGCACGGGUGGUGUGUCGGUCUCACUCCUCUUCCAGGACAGUGCUGCCCUGAGUCGCUAGGGAGGGUCCUGGAGAGGGCCCUGUGUUGGAGAGUAAAAAACACCUGGUUGUGCACGAGUCGGUGUCAGUGCUCCAGUCUCCAGAUGAGGCGCUGCUCACGGUGUACGAGGGUCAUCUUUCUCUCCUUUUUAUGAGGCUGGUCUCCACUCAGGAUGAGUGUCAUGUUUUGAGGUGGUGGGGCCAGAUGGUCCUGUAGUUGGUGUGGUUGGUGAAGACCUGAUCCUGCCCUGUUCCCUCAAGCCCACCACCAGCGCAGUGGACAUGGAAGUGGUGUGGCUGAUUGGGGGUGACAUAGUGCAUCAUUACAAACAUCACAAGGACUGGACAGAUCACAAGAUCCCAGCCUACAGAGGGAGGACGAGUCUGUUCAGAGAAGAACUGCAUAGAGGAAACCUCUCACUGAAGCUCAGAGCACUCAGACUCUCAGACGCAAACACAUACCGUUGUUACAUCGCAGAUCAGACUGGGACUUAUGAGGCGCCAGUGGAACUCGUUGUUGAAGCUGCAGGCUCCACUCCCCUCAUCUCCACAGUAAGCUGGGGGAACGGUAGCGUGCGUCUGGACUGUGAAUCUACAGGCUGGUCCGCUGAGCCCCAGGUGGUUUGGCUGACCUGUGAAGGCCGGACUCUCCCAGCUGAACCCACUAUGCAGAGAUUUCCUGAGGGCCUUAAAGUGAAGAGUGCAGUCACUGUGAGGGAGGGUGAGGGCAGCAGGUUUCUCUGCAGAGUGACAAGCCCAAGACAGACCAGAGAAAUGGAGGUAGAGGUCUCACGGCUGCUUUUUGCUUGCUCCAGGCAUCACUGGGCACUUACUGCACCUAUCCUGCUGUUCUUAUCUGUGUGUUGGAUCUUGUUUUACCACUAUGGAGGCAUCCAUCUGUACAAACAGUGGGUUAUCUCCAAGUUUUCAUGGGCACAUGACUAUAGCCCCCUGACUGGUAAAGAUUCCAAGAUCUACACAGAUCCCCUCAUUAUCCGAAGACCCAGAGGAACAGACCGGGGCACUGUCAGCAUUAAGGACUACAACAACAUCACUCUGGACCAGCUGUUCAGUCCUGACCCUGGUCAGUCACCUCCCAGUGUAGUCAUCCUCCAGGGACACUCUGGAUAUAGCAAGUCCACCACUGCACGGAAGAUCAUCUGCGACUGGGCAUCUAGGAAGCGGUACGCUAAGGAGUUUAAACUGGUGGUUCUCCUGACGUGUAAAGAGCUGAACAUGGAAGCACAGGGAGAGUGGAGGAGUUUGUUGGAACUGAUCACUCUGAGCAGUCGUUGGAGUUUCAGACAUGUCAUUGAGGGUGUUCUAAAGGAUGCGCCACACAAGGUGCUGUUUAUCAUCGAUGGGUUUGAUGAGCUGAGGCUGUCAGCAGAACAGCCCAGCUCCCAUCUACCCAGCCAGCCGUUCAGCAGAGCGCCCCCUGCAGACAUUCUCUAUGCACUGCUGGGAGGACGCAUCCUGCCUGAGUCCUUCCUGUUGGUGACCACCAAUCACAAAGCUUCAAAGAAGCUGAGCAAGCUGCUAAAUCAACGAGAACAGCGCUUCACGGAGAUCCAGGGCUUCUCUGAGAGAAUGGUGAAGGAAUACUUCCAUGUGUUCUUUGAGAACAAAGAGAGAGCUAAAGAAGCGCAUCAGUAUGUGUGUGAAAACAACUUCCUGUUCUCCUCCUGUUCCAUCCCUAUGAGAUGCUGGAUGAUCUGCUCAAUACUUAGGGAGAGUCCUGAGGUGAAACAAAUGGAACUGGAAAAUAGGACCCUCAUAUUUUUGCUGUUUGUACUUAUUGUUCUGAAGAACACCAGUAUGGCUAAAAGUGAGGCCCCAAAGAUGUUGGCGAAACUGGCAAAAGAAAGAACAUGUAAAAAGGAAUUCUUGUUUGAGAAGGAGAGUGUAUCUGGUCUUGACAAAAUCUCUCUCCUUCAGGGAAGCAGUGCCAGACAGUACUGUUUUGUGCAUCAGACCAUUCAGGAGUUCUUCUCAGCUCUAUACUUCAUCACCUUAGAAAGCACUAAGAUGGAGAUUGAAGUGAAGACGCUGUUGGACUCAGUAAAGGGACCCUCUGCAGAUACAAACAUCCAUCUUUGGCCUGUCAUUCGCUUCCUUUUUGGAUUCUCAAAUCCAAAUGUGUGGAAAAAGUCAGUUUCACUCUUAGCUUCCCACAACAGUUCAUCCUCAUCAGGCAACACACCAUCUCCAACAUUGCUACAAGAUCUACUAAAAGAAUGGAUUUUGGAAGAGGCUGACAAAUUUAUUUUGAAAGCUGUGAGCUUCUUUCUCCACUGUCUUUAUGAGCUUCAUGACGAUGCGUUUGUGAAGAAGGUCAUGGAGAAAUGGAGGAAGGUUGACUUUGCCUCUGUGGUUCUAAAGAAGAUAGACUGCUCGGUACUGCGCUACUGUCUGCAGUGCAGGCCUGCCAUAGCACGCCUGAAUCUCAGCAACUGCAACCUGACUGCAGAGAAGCUGAAGCUGCUUGCGCCUGCACUGUCACAACUGACAUGCGAGGAACUGUGGCUGGAUGUGGAGGACCUAUCAGAUGAUGAUGUUGAUUAUCUGGUAUCAGCUCUGGGGGCAGGAAGGAUCCUGAGGAGACUGAGAGUGGAAAACAGCCAGUUUUCAGAUCAGAUUAUACAUAAUGUCCUCCGAGCUCUAGAACAACAGAAGUCUGUGGGUUCAGUCAGUCUGUCUGUGAAGACAGUCAGCUUUGACACAGCAGAAGUGCUGCUAAACCAUCUACACAAGGCCUAUGUCACAGGCAUCAUGAGUGUUACGUUGACUGGGAUGUUGCAGCAGGAUGAACAUGGAAACCAUCUUUGUUCAUCUCUCUGUGUGGAAAAAGACCAGCACAGUUUCACUGUGAGUGUUGAACACGACAGCAGCGCUCCUGCUGUGUCUCAUCUCUCCGCCACUCUGCACACCUGUGAGAAGAUGGCCGACUGGACACUCCUCCUCCAGUCCUUCCAGCAGCUGAGAGGGAAAAAGAGCGAGCCAGAGCUGGAGGAGGAUGUGGAGAAGUUGCUGUCCUCCUUGCGCUCCCUUCCUGGACUGAAGAAGGGGUACCUAAAAUCCAGAGUCCAGAUAAGCAAGUGGGCCUCUAAGGUCUUCUCCCUCAUCCACGACUGUGCCAUUCUACAGGAAAUGGAUGUGACGGUGAAGGAACAGCCAGAACAUGGAGACACUCUCUGCUCAUUUCUCUCCUUGAGGAAACACCAGCAUAGCACACUCAAGCUGGACCCAUUAAUCAGGCUUACUGUGGGACAGCAUACCGUAACAAUGUCCUCCUCACAGACAUCCCCAGAUUUUUCUCUGAAGCACCGUUGUUGGGGGAGACCUCAUCUCACUUCCUCUCCUUUAACUCAGGAGAACAGGCUGAGUCCUCUGUCUCUUGUCUCUCUCACCUUCCCCACCACAGACGUCCCCUUAAGGGAUUGGGUGGAUUUCCUGAAGAUUUUUAACAAGUUGAGCAGGAAUAGGAGUGCUGAUGUGGAGAACGAUGCUGACACUUUGUUCUCCACCUUGCACUCUGUGCAUGGCCUAAGGGAGGUGGAACUAAUGGUGGGCAGCCUGACAGAGAACUGGGCUCAGCGGGUCCUCUCUUUUAUCAGGGAACAGCCCAGGGACAAGGAGAUUAGUGUUCAUGUGCUGAAAGAGUGGGACAGUCGUGAGAAGAGUCUCUGCUCAUCUCUCUUUGUGAGAAAAACAACCAGCAACUUCAGGUUGGUAGCUGAGCAUCUGAGCUCGGGGAGUUCCUGUGCAGAUGUCGCGGCUCCUGCUCUCUCAUACGUCUCAGUCCUCACAGACACAGACACGGCAGACAUGGACUGGGUCGGAUACCUCAAAACGUUUCACGAACAUGAAAUAGAAAGUCUGUAUGUGUACGAGUGUGUGGAUCCUCUCCUGUCUUCUCUGUGCGCUCUGUCUGGCCUGAGGGAGGUGGAGUUGAGGGUGAGCUGCCUGACUGAGAUCUGGGUCUGGAACAUCCUGUCUCUCAUCCAGAACUGCCCCAGCCUACAGGAAGUGAGGCUAUCCGCAGGUCGUUUUGUAGUGAGUGAUGGUCAAUCUGACUGGACUGACUGUGGUCCUUUACUGCUUGAGGAGAUCACUCAUCUACAGGAGACUCCUAAACGCCCAAACUGCACCAUCACUCUCACAGGGAUCAAAAGGAGGACCGUUGAAGUGUCCAGUCACUUCAAAGAGGGGAGACUGCAAUGCAACAGCCCAGUGAGGAUCACCAUCAGGGGAGAGACAUCUACUGAGGAGCUCCUAGCACACGCCGGAGAAGGAAAAAAUUGACAGAUACACUGCCAAAACUGCUUAUCUAAAGUCUAACCAAGUGUUAUUAAUCUUAUAUCAAGAUCAAAAAAAUGUUUGCUUUCAGUGUAAGAGACCCUUAAAAUCUUGUAAAGUCAUUUGAACUGUUUUAAUAAAAUUUUGACUUAUUUUAAGACGUUUCAUUAUGAAAAGAAGCAAAUUUGGCUGACAGCGUGUUGAGAAAAUUUGAGAAAAAAACGAUCUUUUGAGAGAGUGCUAGGUAAGUCUAUUUAGGCUUUAUCUUAAUAUGAGAUUAAUAACACUCUGUCUCAAUUGGAGUCUGUCAGUAUAAGCAGUGCGCUGUCUGAACUUGUAUAGUGCAUGAUAACAGUGUGAGGCGGCACUUCACGGAAAUGACAAUUGCAACAUUUAAAAAUAACGUUACUGGUGUCUUCUAUUCUAAAGUGACAUGGUCGUACAUUGUAAAAACAUGAACAGUUUAUGUUAUAACUUGCUUGUACGUCUGUAAAGCCAGCAGCCAGACCAACGGAUACCCUGCGUUUGCUGAAUUACUGAAGCUAAGCAAGUGUGAGUUUGGUUAGUACUUGGGUUGGAGACCUCCUUUAAAAGCCAGGUUGCUGCUGGAAGUGGUGUUGGUGGGUUGAUAGUAGAUGGCACUUCUAUCUGGCCAAAAGCAGGAUAUGCUGUCCUUCGGAUGAGUAUACACAGAUUAUACACAGAUUAUUUGUAAUGAACUUCAACAGCACAUGAGAAAUGAGAACCUACACACACACACAGCAUGAGAACCUGUACUUGUCUAAAGAACUGUACUUGUCUAACAAAACAAAUUUCUUCUUUACAAUCUAACCCCUUAAAUGUAUCAGGGUAACUGUAUUCUGAAUACCACCCAUUUCAAUUGUAACUGCAAUUAAAUACAGUUACUCAUAUUUUGUAUUUUAAAUACGUAAUCCAGAAUACAUGUAUUCGUUUACUUCCCAACAGUGGCCAGGUGGUGCUACACAUUGCUGGUGGUUAGUGAGGUUCCUCCCUUCUCUGUGAAGCGCUUUGGGUGUCUUGUAAAGUGCUAGAAUGCAAUGUGUUCAUUCAUUUGUUCACUGCUGCUGCUCCAGCUUGCUCACCCACGAUUAUCAUGAGUUGGAAAAUGGUCCCUCCCCUUUCUCUAUUUAGCCAAGAUGGCGACCAUUGAGGACGAAAAGUGUCCAUCGUUCCACACUCAACUUUUUGACCGUUAUGAGUGCACCAUCUGGGUACCUGCAGUGCACUUUGUGUCAUCGUAUUUCUCAGUCCACCACCCUCCUCCCCUGGCCCUUAUAUAGGACACGGAGCUGAGACUCUGGUGGACUGGCUCAGGAGCAGAGCUAUGAUUCUGGUGGACUGGCUCAGGAGCAGAGCUAUGACUCUGGUGGACUGACUCAGGAGCAGAGCUAUGACUCUGGUGGACUGACUCUCGUUUGAGAACAGAAUCUCACAGCCAUAACAGGAGUACAUGCACAGUAAAUAAGUUUCUACUGCAUAUUUUGUUAAUAUUGUGCAAAUGUGUCUAAUCUGAUGCAUCUGUGGCCAAUCAUACACCACCUUGAUGCAUCGCUGCUCUGAUGGCUAAUUCAAAGGGUUAAUUACUUAAAACCUAACCAAAUUUGAAAAUAUUUUUAAUUGAAUUUUAAUUUCAGUUUCUCUGGAAAUCCCUUAGCAUGGUGAAUCAUUGUAUCAUUGCCCUUUUAGCAAUAAAAAGAACGCUGUAUCCUCUUUAAAAAAUAUGCAUAAGGCAGCUUGUUUACUCCUUUGUUUGUGCUCAGCAAUGGCUUGAUGAAUAAAUGUGUAUCUGAAGCUA